UAAUUUACGUCUUCUUGUAAUAUCCAAUAGUAUCCAUUCUCUCAGUUAUAUCUCCCAUUGAUUGAUCCUUCUCAGCUCCAUCCCAAUUCGUACCCAAGAAGAAACAAUCAAACCCUAAAAAACCUGAUCACCACCACCAUCCCAAACCCUAGAAUUUCUACAAUUUUCCUUUAACAGUUAAGAUGAGCGAAGAAUCGAAGGUUCACCACCACCACCACCAGCAGCAGCAGCCGGAGCAGCCGCCGCCGCAGUACGGCACGUUCCAGGGCGUUCAAAACUUCCCGCCGCAGCCGGUGAUCGGGUUCCCCCAGCCGGUCGCGCCGCCGGGGUCCGCCGAGCCGCCGCAGUACUACGCCCAGGGUUAUCAGGCCGUUCCAGGUUAUGCUGUCGCUGAAGGAAGACCUGUAAGAGAGCGACGCCUUCCCUGCUGUGGGAUUGGGUUUGGCUGGUUCUUGUUUAUUGUUGGUUUCUUCCUUGCUGCUAUCCCCUGGUAUGUUGGAGCAAUCAUUCUUCUUUGUGUCAGAUCAGUUGAUUACAGAGAGAAACCGGGAUAUAUUGCUUGCACAGUUGCGGCUAUUCUUGCUGCCAUUGCAGUCAUCUUUGGUGUAUCAAACCAAAUGGACAAACAUAUUCACCCUUAUUAAAUGCAGGCGGUUCUUGCUGCCAUUGCAGUCAUCUUUGGUGUAUCAAGCCAAAUGGACAAACAUAUUCACCGUUUUGCUUUAUAAAUGCAGGCUGUUCUUGCUACCUUUGCAGUCAUCUUUGGGGUAUCAAGCCAGGAAUGGUAAAUCUUUGGGUGAAAGUUUUAUAGGUUGCAAAUUGGAAGCUAUCCAGGGUUCGUAACAUGUAUUAUCUUUACUUUUUGGAACCGAGUCAAGUGUAAUUUGUAUUGCACCAAUAUUCUCUAGUAAUUUGUUAGUGGUUAUAUUAUCGAGGGAGAUGAUGUGCUUUGACUGGGUAUGGAACUUGGAGCGAAAACAUAGUAAUAUAGCGUUGCAAAUUUGUCUCA